ACGGAAUCCUGCACAGCCCAGCAGGGAGCAGGGCUUGGACCACCCGUCUCUCUCCUUCCCCCUUCUUCCCCUUCCUUUCCUGCAUCCCGGAGACCCUACACUAAUACUCCAGGCUGCCCACACGCCAUGGAGAGUGAUCCUGUUCCGGUUGCUGGGUCUUCCCCCGGUGUGCAGAGUGAAAUCUCAUUCCCGGAGGGGCUUGGGGAGCAAGCUGGGGUGGAGGCUGCGCUGGCCUGGCGGUGGCUGGAGCUGGAGGACGAGGCGGCCCAGCCACAGCCCCCCGACGGCCCAGCCGAUCCGUCCGACUCCGGGACCCCCCAGCAGGGGUGGGGGCCGCUGCACUGGGCCGCGUGGAGCGGAGACCUCGGCAGGGCCAAGCAGCUGCUGCAGCGGGGAGCUGCCGUUGAUGGCCGGGACCCCCGGGGGCGCACCCCGCUGCACUGCUCGGCCCUGAGCGGCCGCCUCUCCCUGGCCCGGUUCCUGGUGCAGCGGGGCGCAGAGGUGCGGACGGCCGACGGCUCCCAGUGGACCGCCCUGCACCGGGCCUCCGCCGCCGGCCACGGCCAGCUGGCCGCCUUCCUGCUGCAGCGGGGGGCCUCCCCCGCCGCCCGGACCCGAGGGGGCCUGACCCCCCUGCACCUGGCGGCCGCCCACGGCCACGUCCUCCUGGCCCAGCUGCUGCUCAGAGGCGGGCAGGACCCCGCCGCCCAAGAUGACCGCCGAUGGACGGCGCUGCACUGGGCCGCCGCCGGAGACCGGACUCCCGUCAUGGAGGUGCUGGUCGGCGGGGGCCUGUCGCCGGACGCCGGGGGCCCCGGCGGCGUCCGGCCCCUGCACGUGGCUGCGGAGGCGGGGAGCGGCGAGGCCCUGCGCUUCCUGCUGGACCAGGGGGCAGACGUCAACGCCCAGGACGGGGUUGGGAGGACGGCACUAGCCCUGGCCUCUGACCUCGGGCACCAGGAGGCGGUGGGGCAGCUGUUGGAUGCCCCCGCGACGGACGUGGAGCUCCCGGACGGGCACGGCCGCACCCCGCUGCACCGGGCAGCUGCAGCCGGCCACCUGCCCGUCGUCCGGACGCUGCUGGGGCGGGGCGCCGCCGUGGACCCCCGGGAUGGGCUGGGCCUGACCCCGCUGCACCGGGCGGCCCUGGGAGGGCACGCCCAAGUGGCCGGCCUGCUGCUGGACAGGGGGGCGCAGCCCGAUGCCGCCGCCGGCCCGCUCCGCCAGACCCCGCUUCACCUGGCCGCCCGGCGGGGCCACGUGGCCGUGGCUGAGCUCCUGCUGGGGAGGGGGGCCAGCUUGGCCCCACGGACCCGCUGGGGGGACGCCGCGGCGGACCUGGCCCCCGACACGGCCCUCCGGGAAGCGCUGCGUCCGGUUCUCGAGGACGGGCCGGGUUCCCGUCCUUGCCCGUGA